CCGCAUUCCACGGUGACCAUUUCCGCCAAGUAACAUCCGUAUAUCGGCAGGCCAACAACGUGAAUCGUUACUUGACGUGAAAUUUUAUUAUAACAGGCGCUUUCUGAAGACCCACGCACUAUCACCGCCUACGAUGUUCGCCAAAGAGUGACGGUCAACACCGAGAGACGUGACGAGGAGCAGGAGAACGUCAUGACCCCGUGGACAGCGAUGCCUCUUCUGCUUCUACUUCUGGUGUGUUGUGCACUGCAGGAGCCGUCUGCCGCCAAGGAGUGCAGAGAUGGAUUCUACAAAUCACCAAAAGGAGUAUGUUGCCAGUUGUGCCCUGCAGGGACGUACAAGGUGAAGGACUGCAUAUCUGAUGGAAGGGGCGCUUUGUGUGACCUGUGCUCUAAGGGCACUUUUAUGGACAGAGACAACCAGGAGGGGAAGUGCUCGUGGUGCAGCAUCUGUGGUUCAGGUGAGCAGGUGGUUGUUAACUGCUCCUUGGCACAGGACACCGUGUGUAGGUGCACGGAGGGGCUGAAGAGGGACGGCGAUUCGGGAAUUUGCCUGCCUGAGGAGCCAUACCCAUACGCCACGUCAGUCGUGUUGGCAGCAGUCCUCAUCUUCGUCCUGACUGCACUCGUGUUGCUCAUAGUUUACCUCAACAUGAAGCAGAAGGGGUUUACUUUUAAAAGUAUGUUGAAGCGAUCCGACACUCCUCCUACAAAUUAUGAGCAUGAGGAAAAUCUACCGCUUGUUCAUAUAAUGCGAAAUGAACACAAGGUGUCAUAUGGAGUUCAGAGGAGCAAUGAGAGCAGCGAGACAAUGCAACUCAUCCAAGAGAACAAAGAGAAUCUUAAGACCUGGAUCGGAACGGAUCCCUCGGCUUUCCUGGAGCAUCUCAACGGCCUCAAUUUGAUACCACGGCAUGUUCAUAAAGCGGCUGUCGACAAGGGCGGAGAGGAGAGUGUGGAGCUCGUACUGGACCACUGCAUCUGCCAGGGAGAGUCGGGCUGUGAGAAACUGUGGGACGCCCUCUACUCUGUGAGGAAGCAAUACGUGCAGCUGUGGAAGUGGAUUCAGAAACACGGCGAGGCAUUGAGGGCCAUUCGAGAUAAGGAGUCGGAUCUGAAGCUGUGGAUUGCCAGAGACCCCAAGCAUCUUCUGCUGCAGCUGAUGAGCCGAGGGCGAAUCCCGAACGAGCUCUUCACUAAAGCCAAGGGCAUCCGGGAUGGCGCGGAGUGCGCGGAGCUGCUACUCAAAUACUUCAUAGAGAGAGGGAACGAUGACUGCCUCAAGCUUCUGUUUGCUCUGCAAGCCGUGCAGUACGAGUAUCCUGGAGUCAAGGAGUGGCUGGAAGGCCUUGGCUUCCUCAGGAGAAUCUCUAAAUCCCACGUGGUUCUGAACAGCUACAGCGAUUUUGUCCUCCGGGACAAAAUCCGCUUCAACACGAGGGAGCUGCUCAUGGCACUGCGGGAUGACCUGACACCUCUGCUCUCCCAACUACAGAUCAGGAACAUACUCACCGACAUCAGUGUCUGGGAAGUGAAAAGAAUGCAAGCUCGGCAAGGCAGCGAGAAGGCGACGCAGCACAUGGUGGAGUUGGUGAUGGCGAGAGGGCGACCCAGGGUCAAGCAAUUUUGGGAGGCGCUGUGGGACCUCAGGGAAAGUUACCCAGACCUAAAGGACAUCUUUGAGAAAUUCUAAUGGAUGGAACCAGAAAGAGAGGAAGACCUAACAGAGAAUGGCUUGACGACAUCAUAACGAGAUUGGUGCCAGAAAGAUGUGGCCACUACUUGAGCAGAUUGACACUACAGGACAGAGAGAGGAAAUUGGCAACAACAAAUCUUGAUUUAAAGCUUUCGUGACGGCAGAAAUUCAUACUCUCUGGGUCUUUCAGUAAAGUCACGUAAAUAGAAUAAUAUUUUUAUUCUAUCUACGUGACUUUACCGAAAGACCCGGAGAAAUAUAAUAAUAAUAUUUUCAUUCUAUCUACUUGACUUUACCGAAAGACCCAGAGAGUAUGAAUUUCUGCCGUCACGAAAUAGAAUAAUAAUAUUUUUAUUAUAUCUACGUGACUUUACCGAAAGACCCAGAGAGUAUGAAUUUCUGCCGUCACGAAAUAGAAUAAUAAUAUUUUUAUUCUAUCUACGUGACUUUACCGAAAGACCCAGAGAGUAUGAAUUUCUGCCGUCACGAAAUAAAAUAAUAAUACUUUUAUUCUAUCUACGUGACUUUACUGAAAGACCCAGAGAGUAUGGAAACAAAUCAUGAAAUGUGCAGUGGACCACCUCCUACGACGGGGCUAUCUGUCCAUGGAUCAUGAUGAUGAUGUAUGAGUUGUGGUGCAGUGGUUAUCGCACUGCACUAACCAUGGUGGCUAGGAGAUGUUAACUCUUCCGCCUAGUAUGCAGGAUGAUGGUUCCAUCCGGACCCUGACGAUGCCUGCUGUUCUAUAUUUGUAGUUUCCCGUGUUGGAUUUUUAUCCCAGUUCACGUUUAUAAUCAACGUCAUGCAUUAUUUGGCUCCUGUUAUAAAUUUCCACGUGAUAAUAUUAGCCUGUUCGUUGAGCUAACAUUUGUGGUAGCCAGAUUUCUUCUGAAAAAAGCUACACAGCUCAGUGGGGCCUUACCUGGUAAAAAGUAAAUGUAUUUAGUUUUUUUUGUCGUUAUCUAUGAUUGUUUGCUUAUAACUGUGAAGUAAUGUGUUCAACUAAAAGUGAGAUUUACCUUACAUUAUUUAGAGUGACAUGGCUAUGGUACAGUCUAGCAAGGUAAUUAUUGGCACUCGCCAACAUUCAUGAGGGAAUAUUUUUUAUGGAAUAUUUUGUGUACCGACGUGACUUUACCGAAAGAACCAAAGAGUAUGGAUUCCUGCAGUCACGAAAGCUUAAAAUCAAUAUUGGUAUAUGAACGUGCAGUGUUUGUGUGCAUUGUGUUUGUUAUUGUAAUGUUCUGACCCUGUGCCCCUACUGGACAUCUGGUGAGAUGUUAACUACCUCGCCUUGUAUAUAGGAGAUCGUGGGUUUAUUCCUGACCCUGACGAUGCCUGCUGCUGUAUAUUUGGAGUUUGUGUGUCUCUCUCUCUCUCUCCAUGGUGGUCGCGUGGAUUUUCCUCCGGGUCCUCCGUUUUUAAUAAAUAGUAGUUUUAUCUGUGAAAAAACAGCUGUAGAGCUCAUCAGAUUCCUUCUGAAUUAUAAAUAUUGUAAAUCGAGUCAGGUUAUUGACAAGUCCUUUGCAAUAACAAGAUGUUGCUGAUACAUACAGCUAACGUGCGUUGUCUUAUGCGGUACUGUACAUUAA